UUGCUCUGGGUCCCAUGGCACUCUGGUGGACUCUGGCCAUUGCUGUCACCUGCCUCAGCGGCCUCACGUCUCCGGGCCCCGUGCCUUCCACCACGGACCUCAGGGAACUGAUUUCAGAGCUGCGUAACAUCUCACAGAUCCAGAAGGCCCCGCUCUGCAAUGGGACCAUGGUGUGGAGUGUCAACUUCACGACCGGUGUGUACUGCGCGGCCCUGGACUCGCUCAUCAACAUCUCCGGCUGCCAUGCCAUCCACAAGACCCAGCGGAUGCUGAGAGGACUCUGUCCAGAAAAGGCCAUGGCCAAGUAUGUCUCCAGCUUGCAAGCCCGGGACACCAAGGUGGAGUUGGCCACGUUUGUGAAUGAUCUGCGCAAAUACUUACAGUACCUGUACCGCUACCCCACCCUCGACAAGCUCCACUGAUGUGUGCAGGGCCAGCCCCAGGCACAGCAGCUGCCACUUCAUCUGCCUUUUGGCUGUCAGGGUGUUCCUGGGGAAGGGGAUAGGGGAAGGGAGAGGGAUCAGUAAGAAUUCCUAGUUUUGACCUCAUCUGUGCUGCCUGCCUUCAGCCCAGGCUCUGAGCAAGGGGGACAAGGGGACAACGCCCCUCCUUGGAGCAGCGGCAUCCCACAGGGUGCCAUUCUUGCCAGACAUGGGCUGGGAAAGGGGCCUGGUUCUCACAGGGCUGGGGGCAGUACAGCGCAGGCACUGGUCUCCAUCUUAUUUAUUAUUGUAUGUUAUUUAAACGUGUCUGUUGGGUUGGGACUGGGAGGCUGGUGCUGCCAGGGGACUUGGGGCUGAAGUGCUAAAAGCCCCAUUCAUAUGUACUGUGCACACAAUUCUGCUACCUCACUGGUCCUGGGGCCUCUGGGCCUCAGCCAAAGCCAGGGACAGGAGAGAGCCUGGGAGCCGCUCCCGUCUGCCAGCCAGCACCCAAGGAGUAAUUUAUUCUAGAAUUGCCUUGUAUUUAAAGUAUUUAGCAUGCUAGUACAAAGUGCAUAACAUAUACUGAUGUGCAGCCCAGACAUGGAGGGGGGCUGUG